AUGUUGCGGAUAUUCCGCGUGCUCCUGCUGACCUUAGUAUUAUCUUCUAUCCUGACGUUCGCCCAAAACUCAGCAGACACACCCAAGCAGAAGCACGACUAUCAAAGUGAUGUUGCACGUCUCCGCAAGAUAGUCAUCAACAGUCUUUACUCCCACAGGGAUGUCUUCUUGCGUGAAUUGAUUUCAAACGCGAACGAUGCGCUGGAGAAGCUGCGUCUGACUUCGCUUAUGGACAAGGAGGUUCUGUCUGGCGCAGAGGACUUGAACAUUACCAUUAAGGCGUACAAGGAUGAAGAUGGUGCCGGUCGUAUCGUGAUCACUGAUACCGGAAUUGGAAUGACCGAAGAAGAACUGAUAAAUAAUCUCGGAACGCUGGCGAAGUCGGGAACGUCCGACUUUCUUGCAAGAGCUGAAAGUACCGAUACGACUGGCACAGGUAACUUGAUUGGUGCCUUCGGUCUUGGAUUCUAUAGCAGUUUCCUGGUUGCUGAUCAGGUCUAUGUCUCGUCACUUGCUGCAAAGUCUUCCAAGGAUCCGGAACCAAAACAAUACACCUUCAGUUCCUCGGCGGAGGAGAGUUCUUUCGAUACCUAUCCAGAUCCACGUGGCAACACACUCGGCCGCGGAACUGAGAUCACUCUUAUCUUGAAGGAUGAAGCUUUGGAGUAUCUGGAUCCCCACAAGAUCACUGAUCUGGUUGAGAAGCACUCCUUGUUUUCCUCCGCCUUCCCUAUCUAUCUCUUUACUCAGAGGACUGAACAGGUUCCUGAAGAGGAAGCAAGCGAAUCCGAAACUACUCAGGAUGAUGUCGAUGAGGACGAGGCUGUCGUUGAGGACGUCAGUGAAGCCAAGGAGGAGAUGCCUAAGACGAAGUCUGUAACCGUGGACGAGUGGAUCCAUAUGAACUCGCAGCCCCCCAUCUGGAUGCGUGAUCCCAAGACUGUUUCGGAAGAGGAGUACGAACUGUUCUACCAGGCUACCUUCAAGGACUACGAGAAGCCGUUGGCAUGGCACCACUUCUCUGGGGACUCAGGCACUGGAGUGUCCUUCCGUGCGAUCAUCUAUAUUCCUUCCCGGCUGGACGAUUCGUACUGGCAGAACCCACUUCAGAGCACUUCCAGGGACAUUCGGCUCAUGGUCAAGCGCGUCUUCAUAACGUCGGACUUGGGAGAAGAUGCUCUACCAAAGUGGGCUAACUGGGUCAAGGUCGUGGUUGAUGCUGAAGAUCUUCCCCUCAACGUCUCCCGCGAGAUGCUUCAGUCCACGCGUUUCCUGAAGCAAAUCAGACAGAUUAUCCUCCGACAUGUCCUCCAGAUGCUCAAGCGGAUACAGGAUGAAGAUUCUGAGAAAUACGCCGAGUUGCAGAAGGUGUAUGGCAACGUGUUCAAACUUGGUGCUGUGGAGGACAACCGGAACAGCGAGAAGUUGGUAGCGCUUACCAGAUUCACGACCAAUCAACGGAACAACACGUCGCUGGAUGAGUAUGUCGAGAAUAAGAAGAAGGGGCAAAAACAGAUAUUCUAUCUCGCAGAUAUGGGGAGCUCGCCUGAGGUCCUCGCUAAGAGUGUCUUCAUCGAGAAACUCCAUGCUCGGGGAUAUGAGGUCUUCCUGCUCACCGAACCGCUGGACGAGAUCUUCGUCCAAAAUCUACGAGCGUACAAGAAACUUCCGUUCCAGGAUGUCGCCAAGGCGGGACUGAAGUUCGGUGACGAAGAGAUGAGUCCAGCCGAGGAGAGAGCAGAACAGCAGGCAUUGACCGAGGAGUUUCAACCUCUUCUGGAUUGGUUGAAGAAGGAAGCGGGUGACAUCUUUCGGGAUGUCCUAAUCUCCAACCGCUUGGUUGCCAGUUCAUGCGCUGUCGUUGCCGACAUGUACGGCUACACCGCGAACGUUGAAAGGAUGAUGAGCUCUGCACAAAAGGGCGCCAGGAGCUCUAUGCAUGAAUUCGCAAAGAAACAAAAGGUCUUGGAAAUCAACCCACGUUCACCCCUCGUCCAGGGUUUGUUACGCCGAGUACAGCAACUGCCUACGGAGGAAGACGAACGGGAUCUCGAGGCAGAAGCAGAGCUACAGGAGGUAGCCUCCGUACUGAUUGAUGGCGCACUGGUUCGUUCGGGCUUUGGCGUUCCCGAUUCAAACGAGUUCUUCACAAGAGUCGACCGCAUUCUUCGACGAUCGCUGGGUGUCUCCGAGACUGCAUCUACCGAUACCACCGUGAAACCAGCGCCUCCAGUUGACCCUGUUAUAGUAGAUGUGGAAGAGGAGCUCAAGAACGCGGAGUGGCCAGAGUACACGCCGGGUGCGUUCAGGGCGGGGAACCAGCCUGAGAUGUUCCAGGUGGAAAUGGAGGAGAUCGAUGAGGAGGGAAACCCUGUCAAUCCUUCUGGUCAUCAUGACGAGUUGUAA